CAGAACCCACCCCCGGGCCUCACUGGUGUGGGAGCUGGUGCCGGCCAGUGGGUGGGGUUGUCCUUGGAGUCCAGGCUCUUAAUGGGGCUAUGAGAGCGUGGGCUUCCUGGAGGGGGGAAAGGAUAAGGACACUCCCAGCCCCAGGCCCUGAAGGCUGAGUAGCCAGCAGGAUGCCCGGCCUGCUGAAUCAGAUCACGGGGGCAGCUCUGCCCCUCACCACGUCCGACGUCACCUCCUUCGUCAGUGGUUACGCCCUGGGCCUGACUGCCUCCCUCACCUAUGGCAACCUGGAAGCCCAGCCCUUCCAGGGCCUCUUCGUGUACCCGCUGGAUGAGUACACCACGGUGAUCGGCUUUGAGGCGGUCAUUGCUGACCGUGUCGUGACAGUGCAGAUCAAGGACAAAGCCAAGCUGGAUGACGGCCACCUCGAUGCCUUCCAAGUCCGAUCGCCAACUGUCAAAGGGAACAUUCUGCAAGAGGGGGUUUCCAUCGCCCCUCAUUCCUGCACACCGGGAAAGGUGGCCUUGGAUGAGGACUUGGAGCGGAUCCUGUUCGUGGUCAACCUGGGCACCAUCGCCCCCAUGGAGAACGUCGCCAUCUUCAUCAGCACCUCCUCGGAGCUCCCCACGCUGCCCAGCGGGGCCGUGAGGGUCCUGCUGCCUGCCGUCUGUGCCCCGACUGUACCCCAGUUCUGCACCAAGAGCUCUGGCUCCUCUAACCAACAGGCCCAGGGCAAAGACAGGCAUUGCUUCGGCACCCGGGCCCUGGACUCCUGGAGCAAGGUGUGCCUGGCCACCCUCCUGGACACCGACGUGUCCAACCCCAUGGAGUAUGACUUCAACUUCCAGCUGGAGAUCCGGGGGCCAUGUCUGCUCGCAGGUGUGGAGAGUCCCACCCACGAGAUCCGUGCCGAUGCGGCCCCAUCUGCCUGCUCCGCCAAGAGCAUCAUCAUCACCUUGGCCAACAAGCACACCUUCGACCGGCCCGUGGAGAUCCUCAUCCACCCCAGUGAGCCCCACAUGCCACACAUCCUGAUGGAGAAAGGGGACAUGACCAUGGGAGAGUUUGAGCAGCACCUGAGGGGAAGAACGGAUUUCAUUAGAGGGAUGAAGAAGGGCAGGAGUGCGGAGCGGAAGACAGAAAUCAUCCGGAAACGCCUCCACAAGGACAUUCCCCACCACUCCGUCAUCAUGCUCAACUUCUGCCCUGACCUCCAGUCAGUCCAGCCGAACCUGAGGAAGUCCCAGGGAGAGUUCAUCUUCCUCAUUGACAGGAGCAGCAGCAUGAGCGGGAACAGCAUCCACUGUGUCAAGGAUGCCAUGCUGGUGGCUCUUAAGAGCCUCAUGCCAUCCUGCCUCUUCAAUGUCAUCGGAUUUGGAUCCACAUUUAAGACCCUCUUUUCUUCCAGCCAGAUCUACAGUGAGGAGAGCUUGGCCAUGGCCUGUGACAACAUCCAGAGGAUGCGGGCUGACAUGGGCGGCACCAACAUCCUCUCCCCUCUCAAGUGGAUCAUCCGGCAGCCCGUGCACCAAGGCCACCCGCGGCUGGUCUUCCUGAUCACGGACGGCGCCGUCAACAACACGGGGAAGGUGCUGGAGCUGGCGCGAAACCACGCCUUCUCCACCAGGUACUAUAGCUUUGGAAUUGGACCCAACGUCUGCCACAGACUGGUGAAAGGGUUGGCAUCUGUGUCCAAGGGCAAUGCUGAGUUCCUGGUGGAGGGGGAGCGGCUGCAACCCAAGAUGGUCAAGUCCUUGAAGAAGGCCAUGGCCCCAGUGCUGAGCGACGUGACUGUGGAGUGGAUCUUCCCUGAGACAACUGAGGUCCUGAUCUCACCUGUCAGCACCAGCUCCCUCUUCCCUGGAGAACGGUUGGUGGGGUAUGGCAUUGUGUGUGAUGCCUCCUUGUACGUCUCCAGUCCCAGAUCUGACAAGAGGCGACGCUACAGCAUGCAGCACUCUCAGGAGUCCAGCAGCUCCGUCUUCUACCACUCUCAGGAUGAGGGACUUGGGCCGGACAGUGGAGACUGUGCCAAGAACUUGGAAGCACCCUUCAACUUGGGGCAGGCCAAAGAUGCCCGGCCAGUCAGUAGAGACUCCAUCACCACUCCUGAUCUGCACUCCUCCCGGCGACGGAGGGCGUACAGCACCAACCAGGUCACCAACCACAACAAGCCCUGCCCAAGGGCCACCAUGGCCAGCUACCCCACGGUGGCUGCCAGAAGAUACCCGCUGCGGAAAGCCAGGCUGCAGGACCUCACCAACCAGACCAGCCCGGACGUGCAGCGGUGGCAGCCCGAUUUGCAGCCCUUGCUGAACGGUGGCCAGGACCUGAGCAAGGGACCCAAACUCCGAGGCCCAGGGGCCCGCAGGCCCUCUCUGCUUCCCCAAGGCUGCCAGCUCUUCCAACCCUCGGGCCAGGAGUCCCUGGUCUGGAGCCCCAUGAGGGAGCUGGACCCCGGGUCCAGCCCGAAGCCUGCCUCAGACAGCCGCAGCCCUGUGAACCUGGGUCAGCGCCCGGCCCCCUCGCCUCCGCCCGCAGAGCCGUCCUGUCACCCCUCCGCCUUCGAGACCGAGACGUCCUCGGACUGGGAGCCCCUGGCCGAGGCCGAGGAGUGGGCCAGCCCCGGCAGGCCCGCCACGCCAGGCCCGGUGCUGGGCAAGGCGCUGGUCAGAGGCCUGCGCGACAGCCAACCCGUGCAGUGGGAGGUGAGCUUCGAGCUGGGGCCCCCCGGCCCCGAGCGGCGCGACGCCGACCUGUGGAGCGAGACCUUCCACCACCUGGCGGCCCGCGCCAUCAUCCGCGACUUCGAGCAGCUGGCGGAACGCGAGGACGACAUCGAGCAAGGGCCCAACCGCCGCUACCAGGUGAAUGCAGUGCACACCAGCAAGGCCUGCAACGUCAUCAGCAAAUACACAGCCUUCGUGCCCGUGGACAUGAGCAAGAGCCGGUACCUGCCCACCGUGGUGGAGUACCCCAACUCCGGUAAGGCAGGUGUCGCACUGCGGAUGGUCAACACCCGGGCACUGACCCGGCAGUGGAGGGACACCUCUGCUGGCCUCGGACGGACCCAGAUCACGCUCAGAGAGGACUCGGCAGCUGGAGACGGCAAAUUCCAGACCCUAAAUGUGGAGACGGCCUCUGCCGUGCCCUUGAACCAGACCAUGUCCCUCAGCCGGGAGAAGCACACUGCUCCCAAAGGUCCCCUGUGCAGUCUGGCCACCAAUACCCUUUCUUCCGAGAAGGCCUCAGAGACUCUCUUUAGCUCCAGGCUGAAGCUCAACAAGUCCAGGCUGCUGACACGGGCGGCCAAGGGCUUCCUGAACAAGCCGCUGAUCAGAGCUCCAGAGCCCGCCUCGGGGAGCCAGAGCUUCGACUACAUACCGCUGGUGUCUCUGCAGCUGGCCUCCGGAGCCUUCCUGCUCAACCAAGCCUUCUGCGAGGCCAUCCACAUCCCCAUGGAGAAGCUCAAGUGGACCUCGCCCUUCACCUGCCACCGAGCGUCCCUCAGUACCCGCCAGGCCGGGUCUAAGGCCCCGAGCCCCCAGCUGUGCGCCAGACCCUCGUCUCGGCACUCCGCCUGUGACAGCUUCUCCUCCUCGGAGCCCCUGGCCGAGGGCAGGCCGGGCCCGGAGUCGAGGGCGGCAGUGGAGCACGCGGGGAAGCUGUGGGCCACGGUGGUGGGGCUGGCGUGGCUGGAGCACAGCUCGGCCUCCUACUUCACCGAGUGGGAGCUGGUGGCCGCCAAGGCCAACUCGUGGCUGGAGCAGCAGGAGGUGCCCGAGGGCCGCACCCGGGGCACGCUCAAGGCCGCUGCCCGCCAGCUGUUCGUGCUCCUGCGGCACUGGGACGAGAACCUCGAGUUCGAUGUGCUCUGCUACAACCCGAAUUACGUGUAGGAGGUGGGGGAGCCUGGGGGGCAGGGGAGGACAGGGACAGGCGGGGCCAUUUCCGCCUGGUGGGGAGAAUUUCGAAGCUGUAGCCAAUGUUUCAGUUGCUAGAAAGAGCCGUGGACUGGCAGUCAAGAGGCCUGAGUGCAAUCCCAACUCUGCUACCCCCUCGCUGUGCAACCCUAGGCCAGUCCCUGCCCUGUCUGGGCCUCCUGACUGCCAGUGAGAUGAGGGAGUUGGACUAGAUCUCAAAUGGUUCAAAGGUUCCUUUCUGCCCAGACAUUUGGGCAGUCCCAGGCCUCCUGCUACCAGGGGGCUGGCAAGAGAAGAUACAGUUUAAUCCUGAGUCCUCUCUGGAGGUGGAGCACGUGGGCGCAGAGUGGGAACAGCAGCGCCCCCCAAAAUAAAAAGGUGGAUGAGAGAA